CACAACCUUGAUCUUCCAUUGAACCAUGGAACUACUUAGCCACUGGGGUCUCUCAUUUCAGCCACUCUGUUUUCUGAAAUUAACAAAAUCUCAAGACCAUGGCAGCUGCUUCUCCUAUGGCCAGCCAACUCAAGUCAACCUUCACUAGGCCUCUGGUCACUCCCAAGGGUCUCUCUAACUCUUCACCACUCCAACUCUUGCCUUCUAGAAGACAAUUUAGGUUCUCUGUUAAGGCCAUCCAAUCAGAGAAGCCAACCUUUCAAGUGAUUCAGCCAAUCAACGGUGACCCAUUCAUUGGAAGCCUUGAAACUCCAAUUACAUCAAGCCCAUUGGUUGCAUGGUUCCUAUCCAACCUUCCUGCAUAUAGAACCGCAGUGAACCCACUGCUAAGAGGGGUUGAGGUGGGUUUGGCCCAUGGGUACCUGCUUGUGGGCCCAUUUGUGAAAGCCGGGCCUCUUAGGAACACAGAAUACCACGGUGCUGCGGGCUCUCUAGCAGCUGGUGGGCUUAUAGCGAUCCUUAGCAUUUGCCUCACAAUCUAUGGGAUUGCAUCAUUCAACGAAGGAGAUCCAUCCACUGCUCCAUCCCUCACCUUAACGGGCCGCAAGAAGGAGCCCGAUCAGCUCCAAACUGCUGAUGGUUGGGCCAAGUUCACCGGUGGGUUCUUCUUUGGAGGCAUUUCGGGUGUUAUUUGGGCUUACUUCCUCCUUUAUGUCUUGGACCUUCCAUACUACGUUAAGUGAACUAGUUAACUUUCUUGCUUUGUAUUACUAUUCAUUCUCAAUGAAUGAACAACCAAUGGAUGCUUGUUUAUGCAAUAGAGAUGGAUGUACAUGCUGUAUUUUAUGACUCUUA